AUGCGCAUUCCCGCUACUACCAUGAUGCUCAGCAUGCUCAUGCUACUGAUCCUUUGCAUCCAAGAUAUCGCCGCCUUGCCAGCCGAAGCGUCCGACAAUUUGUGGAAGCAUAUGACCAUCCAAGUCUGCAACGUGGCCAAUUUCAAAGGAGCCUGCCGUUACUUCGACGUUAUGGUGGAUGAGUGUCGCGACAUCAGCAGCGACUACUCCAGAGAGAUAAGCUCAUUUCGCGCCGUGACCCAUAUGGGCUGCUGUCAACUGUAUCGAACUCCGCGCUGCGAGGCUCUCUUCGGCGAUACAGACAUGGCCGUACGCUGGGGCGAAGGCGGUAAAUCGACACUUUCAGGUUGGACGAAGCGGGAUAUCAAGAGCAUGAAGUGCUUUAUCCUGGGCCGGCCAACCGAGAUGAUCGACUACUACUGA